GUGUUGCACAGCGUGCACGCAUAGACACCAAGAAGAAAGUGCAGGUGUGCAGUCAUUCAUAUAUACAACGCAUUAGGGUUUAGCGUAGUCUUACAAUCUAAGCAAAUACUUAAAUCAACAACAAUGCAAAGCGUGCUUAAUACAGUUAAAGGCACGGCGCUUAAUGUAGCAGAAUAUUUAACUCCAGUUUUAAAGGAGUCGAAAUUUCGCGAAACUGGCGUGUUAACACCAGAGGAAUUUGUGGCAGCUGGUGACCAUUUAGUCCACCAUUGCCCCACUUGGCAAUGGGCGGCGGGCGAUGAUAGCAAAACAAAGCCGUACUUGCCAAAGGAUAAACAGUUUCUGAUAACACGAAAUGUGCCGUGCUAUCGCCGCUGCAAACAAAUGGAGUAUGUGGGCGAGGAGACACUGGUGGAGGAGGAGUCCGGCGACGGCGGCUGGGUGGAGACGCAUCAAUUAAACGAUGACGGCACCAAUCAAAUCGAUGAGAAAAUAUGCGAACUGACGCUGGAUGAGAACAAGGACGAAAUGCAUACGCCCGAUAGCGACAAGACGUCGCCGGGAGCUGCGGCGCCUAAUGAUGAGAAUGAGGAUGAUGAUGAAGCCAUUGACAUGGAUGCAUUUGAGGAGAGCGGCAUGCUGGAGCUUGUCGAUCCCGCCGUGGCCACCACCACGCGCAAGCUAGACGCCGACACACAGCCUAGCAACCCAGCUGGAGCUGGAGUGUCUGCAGGAGAGACCGCCAGUAGCGGAGACUCCGUGCUGCAUACGCGAACCUACGACCUGCACAUCACAUACGAUAAAUACUACCAGACGCCUCGAUUAUGGGUCGUCGGCUAUGAUGAGCAGCGCAAGCCGCUUACCGUUGAGCAAAUGUACGAGGAUGUCUCCCAGGAUCAUGCUAAAAAGACUGUCACAAUGGAGUCGCAUCCACAUUUGCCUGGGCCCAAUAUGGCGUCGGUCCAUCCCUGCCGCCAUGCAGAUAUUAUGAAGAAGAUCAUCCAGACCGUUGAGGAGGGCGGCGGCCAGCUGGGCGUGCAUUUAUAUUUAAUAAUAUUUUUGAAAUUUGUGCAAACCGUCAUACCAACAAUUGAAUACGAUUUUACGCAGAAUUUUAACAUGUCCUAAACGGGACGAUUUUAAGUUCAAUUUGAGAGCAAUAUAACAAAUAAAUUACGCAUUAAUUAUACCUAAACAACGUAUAGUAAUAAAAGCAAAAGCUGCGGCAUACUCAAA